GUAAGGAGAGGCAGGAGGAAGGAGAGCGCAGAGAGGAGGAGGGGGGGAUGUGCAUCAGUCUGCUGGCACUCAAACGGGUAACUGCGAGCACAGCAGACUGGAGUGGAGCGGCGAGUCCAACUAGGAGCCAAGUGAGACGGGGACCCCUUCCUGCGCAUCACCCAGAGCCCGGCACGGCUCCGACUGCCGCGGAGAAACUUACGUCUGCUCCUCAAGCGCUCAGUAUGCGGACAGACCAUGCAGCUGCGCUGAUGGACUGAGCGCAGUUCAGUGCGCCUUUUAUCCAUUUUUCUCCUUCCCCUGGAGGGUUACCCCUUCAAUCAGUGACAAUGGGUUCUGUGAUGUUGGACUGGAGGUUAUCUUGUCUUCUUCUGCAGGCAGCUGUUCUGCUGCUGCUCAGCAAGGGGGAGAGGAUGUGCCCUGCGAGUUGUCGCUGCGAAGGGAAGAUUGUUUAUUGCGAGUCCGGCAUCUUCCAAGACAUUCCAGUAAACAUCACGACGGGUUGCCAGGGUUUGUCUCUGCGCUACAACAACCUGCUGGUUCUGCUGCCGUACCAGUUCGCUCAUCUCAAUCAGCUCAUCUGGCUUUACCUGGACCACAACUCCAUCCACAGUAUAGACGUUCUAGCCUUCCACGGCGUGCGCAGGCUGAAAGAGCUGAUCCUAAGCUCCAACAAACUAAGCUUUCUGCACAACAACACGUUCAGCCCCAUUCCGAACCUGAGAAAUUUGGACCUAUCCUACAAUCAGCUGCAGUCUCUGCAGCCAGGCUAUUUCUAUGGGCUGCGCAAGCUGCAGAAUCUCCACCUCAGAUCUAAUGGGCUAAAACAGAUCGUCAUUCGCACGUUUCUGGAAUGCCGCAGCUUGGAGUUUUUGGACUUGGGUUAUAACCGUUUGCGUAGCCUCACUCGCACCACGUUUCUGGGGCUCUUUAAGCUGAGGGAGCUGCAUUUGGAACACAAUCAAUUCUCCCGGAUUAAUUUCUAUAUUUUCCCACGCCUUACCAACCUCCAGUUUCUCUAUCUGGCAUGGAACCGCAUCCGGUCGAUAAGCCAGGGGGUUCCGUGGACCUGGCCGAAACUGCAGAAACUGGACCUGUCCGGGAAUGAAAUUCAAACGCUGGAGCCGGAUGUUUUCCGCUGCAUGCCAAACUUGCAAACUCUCAACCUGGAAACGAACAAGCUGAGCAGCAUUCCCGUGGAAGUCGUGGAGGCCUGGACCUCCUUGACCACCAUCAGCCUGGCGGGCAACGCCUGGGACUGCAGCGCCAGCAUCUGCCCCCUCAUGGGGUGGCUCCGGACCUUUCGGGACCCCAAAGACAUCAACAUGAUUUGUAGCGGACCCAAAGCUGCGCAGGGCGAAAGGGUGGUGGAUGUGGUGAGGAACCGCUCGAUAUGCGUGGACGCGGCAAACAUGUUCUCGACCACAACUGUGGUUAUUCUGAGCUCGACCCAAGCUGUUAGUGUCACCGUCUGGCCAGCUCCCCCCGGAGCCACGGACCUGACUCAUCCAUCACCACCGUCACAGACAUCAACCCCUUCCCCGGCGAGUCCUGCCGGGACACACAUAAAGACGGCAGGACCCACCACUCCGAGCUCUGCGCCUCCCUUCUCUGCUGAGACCUCCACGUCAUUUAUUCCGGAGCUGCAGUUUGAACAUAUGGCUUUCCAUAAAAUCAUUGCGGGCAGCGUAGCCCUGUUCCUGUCAGUGGCAUUGAUCCUGCUGGUUAUUUACGUGUCGUGGAGGCGCUACCCCAACACCAUGAGGCAGCUGCAGGAACACUCAGUCAACCAUAAGCGCAGGAAAAAGGCCCGCAAGCAGGAGCAGGACCUGAACUCUCAGCUGCAGGAGUACUAUCUGACUUAUCACUCCAACUCGGAGGCGCUGGACUCCUUGGUGAACGAAAGCAGGCCGUGCACGUGCACUAUUUCAGGAUCCAUAGAAUGUGAGGUGUGAGCGCUCUGCCUUCAAGAGACAUACGGUCUCAUUUUCGCCGCAGAGAUAAAUGGAUUUUAUUUUUCUCCGUGGAAGAUAAGGAGGCGUUAUCGCUGAUGCAAGCAGAUAGUCGGCAGCGGUUAAGGAAAUACUUGGGGGUUUGGUACAAUGAUGUGCACAGAAAAGGAUGAGCUGAAUGGAAAGAUAUAUUUGGAGCUAAUUAUCACCCUGACUGGCACGGGAAGAGUACGAUUAGCUGUGUAUGAUCCAAAAUCAUGACAGGACAUCUGCUGCGGUACAAAUGGACUCCACAGAGAGACUGACCUUGUUCUUAGUCAGAGCAUACUCUAAUGAACCAACAAAGCCAAUGUUUUUACUCAUUUCGUUCUUAUCAUGUAGCUUGUAAAGCAUUUCGGACGUAUGUGCUCUCUGAGAGUUUGUACGUGUGCCAGUGCGUCCCGUUGCCAUCUGGUCAGACGAGUAACAGCUCUGCACCUUCGUCUUCUCACAGAUAACAUUAGUCCGGUUGAGUUAUUCCACAGUUGGCAGACGGGCUCAGCCAUGGCAGUGCCACAGAGUGUGCGUGCCUGCGUGCGUGUGUGUGUGUGUGUGUGUGUGUGUGUGUGUGUGUGCGUUUGUGUGUGUGUGUGUGUGUGCGCGUGUGUGCGUGUGAUGGGGGGACAAUCACAAAGAGAGCAUCAUUUGCAUGAAGUCACUCUCCUUAUUAAAGAUGCUUCUCUUCCAAGGGAAAUGAUCUGUCUCAACAGAUAAAGGACAAUAAGUACAUUUCACGUUGUAUUGUCACAAUUGACCCAAAUGAGGAAUAUUUAAAGCUCAUGAGACUAACCUCAGGACUGAGAUGUACAAAUGUGUCAGGUCCAAUUAAGGCCUUCUGCGACUGUGUGUCUGAGAGUGUGAGAAACGUAACAGCGUUAAUUUUCAUAUCUAGUUUUAUAUUUAUUAUUCCUGUCAUUAUAUUUAUGCAUUGUUUGUGUAAUGGUAUAUUAAUAUAUGUGUUUUUGGCUGUGCAAAUCAAAAGAAAAACACUGGCAGGUGAUGAAAAAAAAAAAAAAAGGAAAGAAAAAGUCUGUGUUUUACCCAUCCAUGACAGGUACAGUGGCAAAAGUGUACACACUCCUGUUUAAAAAAAAAACAUUUUAUGAGGCGAAACCUAUAAUGUGACCCAUAUCAUUUCAUCUGAAAAACAAACAAGUCUGUUAGAGCUAAUAUUUAUCAAAUAAUAAAAUUCUCAAUAACCUUGUUGCACAAGUUUGCACACCAUUAAACUAACGCCUCGUUCAAGCACCUUUCAAUUUCAUCUCAGUAUUUGCUUUUCUUGGGUUCCCAGUAGCUUUUAACCAUCACAAAGCUGAGAUUAAGCUCAGCUGUCCCGGUGGGGGUGUGCUGGCAUUUGCUUAUUUGCCUAAAAAUGGAACUAAAGCCCUAAUCGGCGGUCACAAAAGUUCAAAAGUAUCUCAACUUAUAAAGGUAUCAGUCAGAACAAGAGCACAAACACAAUUUUAUCGAAUUAUUUGUAUAUCAUGGUGCAAUAAAGAAAGUCAUCAACAACUGAAGUGAAUAUUGUGAAACAGUGUAGAAACUGCUCGGUGGGGCUGCAAAAAAGACCAUGGCAGCAGCUGUAAGAGCUGUAGGACUGUCUGUCGAGUUCUACAUGUAAACACAAUCUCCUCCAUGCUUUAUUUCAGUGUUAAUAUUGUGGCAGGAACUCGUUUGUAAAAGUUGUCUUGAAAGAUCCUUUUUUUCUGGAUAAAAACAAGAAAAAAAUCAAUAUGGAAGAACCAGAACUAUGAUGAGAAAGACUGAAUUUUUCAGCAACAAAUAAAAAUGUGGAAAUAUUUAAGGGAAAUGAAGUCCAGUCAAAUCUAAUUUUAGUGCUGUUGGAAGGUGGGACAUGGUUGAAAAAUGGCCAGCGUGACCUAGUCUUCUUGAACUGAACUGUUUACACUCAGGCGCUUUGCACCCAUUCAAAAAGAUGCCAACUCGGGAAAUUAAGUGAAAUAGUCAACAGUAAUGAUGUUCACACGAUGACAAACUGAAGUUGCAUUUCGAUCAGUGUGCGGAGCAAUAAUACCUAUCAAAACAAAACGUUUUGUGUAAAUGAGACGACUGAAAGCAGAGUCGAAUUAACGUGACUACAGCUUAGGUCUGCACAGUAUAUUCUAAACUCAUGGCCCAUAUUAUCAUCACAAAGAACUGCACGGACUACAAUGAAUAUCAACAAAUUUGAAUAAUUAACAUGGCGGUAAACUAUUUGGUGUUGCUUGUUGGUUGGUGAGGUCAUUAAGAAAAUACCAUUAAGUUGUUUUGUUGCAAAAGCAGCAAAUGUGGACCGACGCAGGUUUUUGUUUGUGGGACAGAAAUAAUUAAUUCAUAUUUUUUCCAGUGGCUGGAUUGUUUAUUUAAGUUUUAUGCUUGAAAAAACCCAAAUCAAAAUACACUGAUACUGUUUAGUUAAAUAUUUGCAUACCCAGUGCAUGUAAUUUCAUUAUGACAACAUUCACCAACAUUAUGAAUUAUUAUUAUCAUUAUGCAGUUGUGAUCACAACUACAAUAAAUUUACAAAAGAGUGAAAGUGCUGUCAAAAUUAACGCUGCUCCAUUUGUGUAAUCUAACUAUAGUUGAGCUCACAUAUAUCUGAAAGACAUAAGCUUUUUCUUCCAAAAAAAACCCCACACAGGUCGGGUUAAUCUCACACAAUCAUUGUCCUGGUAGAAAGAAUAAUGAUCAAUGAAUAUUGAAUUUUUGGUAACAAUUUCAACAUUUUUGGCAUAAAACCAACACUGUGCAUCACCAGAAGAAUACCAUCCCCACAAGCAAACACAGUGGUGGCAGAAUUAUGCUGUGGGAUUGAUCAAGAGCGCCAAAGGUUUUGGGUCCAUUUUAAUGCCAAAGUCUUCAGGUGUAGGAGCAAAAGACAAUGAUGGGUUUGUGUGUUUCUACAUCACAAUGAGCUCAGCCACAUGUCAAAAUUGACAAAAGAAAAUCGCCUCACCAGACAAAGUUAAUGCUUUGGAAUGGCCUACACAAAGUAAUGGAACAAUAAUCUGGGCAAAUAUUACCAAGGCAAUAUGUAUAAUGCUUAUCGACUCCCACCAAAGCAGAUUGUAAGCUGAAAUUGAAUAAAAAUGGUGCUUCAAUAAAGCAUUGGUUUAAGAGUGUGCACACUUAUGCAAACUUAUGCUGCUUUUUACAUUUUCAUUUACCCCAACUCCCGUACUAAUGCAUUACCUCGUCUUUAUGAUCGAUUGUACAAAAGAAAUGUCACAUUAAAGGUGGGAAAGUUUUGA